CGCCACCGAGCGAAUAACAAUUUGAACGGUUUAAUAUUAAUACCGGUUAAAAUCGUAAAAAUAUCCUGUGUCCUCUUUGUGCAGACAGUUUAAGUGAAAUUUGCAUAACACAAGCAAAGUAAACAGGUGUGAAUUAGCACGUGUUAAGAAAUACGGUGGUGAUCAGUUGAGAUCAGAAGAAAGUGAAUAUUAAUCCCAUUGGAAUUCUGAGGAAUUAACUAGUGUCAGAAGAUGGACACCGAAGAGUUCCGGCGAUACGGAAUGCAGAUGAUCGACUUCAUCUGCGAUUAUAGGAAAAAUAUCGCACAUUGGGAUGUUGCCUCACCCGUGGAUCCCGGAUUUCUGCAACCCAUGCUACCAGAUCAAGCUCCCCAGGAGGGUGAAGACUUCUCUCAGACGCUGGAGGACGUUCAGGAAAAAAUCCUUCCCCACAUGGUUCACUGGAACCAUCCUAGGUUUUUCGCCUACUUCCCGUCCGGCAACUCGUACCCAUCCAUCUUGGGCGAUAUGCUAAGCAGUGCCAUCGGGUCAAUUGGAUUCUCAUGGGCGUCAUCUCCAGCGGCUACCGAACUGGAAUCGAUCAUGAUGAAUUGGUACGCAAAGGCACUGGAUUUGCCAUCAUUUUUCUGCAGCGAUUUUCCCGGUAGUACCGGUGGAGGCGUUUUGCAAGGAUCAGCUUCCGAGUGUACGCUGGUAUGCUUGAUGGCAGCACGGACGCGAGCUAUAGAGCAACUGAAAGGAGACAACAAACACGUACAUGACAGUGUCUACUUACCGAAAUUGGUAGCAUAUACUUCGAAGGAAGCGCACUCCUCGGUCGAGAAGGCUGCUAAAAUGUCAAUCGUUAAGCUACGAGUGUUAGACACAGACUGUCGAGGAGUGUUCCGAGGGAACACACUUCAGAUGGCGAUCGAUCAAGAUAUGAAAAGUGGGCUGACGCCGUUCUUUGUAGUAGCUACUGUCGGUACAACGUCGGCUUGUGUUUUCGAUAAUUUGGUAGAGAUUGGGCAGGUUUGCCGAAAAGUUCCUAGUAUUUGGUUUCAUGUGGAUGGAGCGUACGCCGGGAACUCGUUCAUUCUACCGGAAAUGAGACACUUCGCGAAAGGGUUAGAAUAUGCCGACUCCUUCAACACAAAUCCAAACAAACUGCUGCUAACUAACUUCGACUGUUCCGCUAUGUGGGUCAAAAAUGUAAAACUACUUACAAAGGCGCUGGCUGUCGAUCCACUUUAUCUACAACAUGACCACAGUACUGCGGUGGACUACCGACACUACGGAAUACCAUUGAGUCGUCGCUUCCGGGCACUGAAACUCUGGUUCGUAUUCCGCACCUACGGUAUCGUAGGCCUACAAAAGUACAUCCGCAAUCACAUCCAUUUGGCAAAACGGUUCGAAUCUCUCGUUGCUUCUGAUGACCGGUUCGAAGUAUGCAACGAUGUUAAUCUGGGAUUGGUUUGCUUCCGAUUGAAGAAACGUGAUGUCAUCAACAGAGAUCUACUGGCACGGAUAAAUCAAUCGAGGCAAAUCCACAUGACACCGGCGAUGGUCAGGGGCCACUAUAGUAUUCGUUUUUGCGUAACGUACGAACAUGCCACCCCGGAACAUAUAGAUGAAGCCUGGAAGAUGAUUCAGUUCUUCGCACUGGAAACUCUGGUAGCAGACGAUUCGGCGGUGGUUGCCGCCCCAAUUAUCAGCAAAAAACCUCCAAAGAAGCUCUCCCGCAGCGCCUCUCUUCGAUUCUCUUUCACCCGCAGUGUGUCCCGCGAGAUAUACGAACGUCAGAACAGUCGAUCACAACUUAUGGACGGUGCCACUCCGAUCGUGAUCAUGGACACGGAUUUCAUUCUCGAAGGUUUGCAGUUAGCGUCGAGGCAGGAGGGAGGAACAGACAGCACGGAUGAGGUUAGCAAUUGACUAGGAUCUGCUGCUGCUGCUGCAGGGUCGGGGAUGUUGGAACCCGAAAAACCACCGCCAACCAUGACAGAUCUUGCGUCUGCGGGUCGUUAACCGUAGGUUUCCAUCGUCGCCUUUGGCAGCGUGCGACCGAAAUGGAUGUAUCGUAGUAGUGCAAGUCCAAAAGCUGCCGUAGUAUUAGGCAAAUGUGAUGUUGUAGUUAAGUUUGCUGAUGCAUAUAUCGUCUGGAUGCUAUUUAUAUGAUCGUAUUAUUACAAAUUAUUUAACAGAAUUAGUAAUACAAAGACGAGCAAAUUUAAUUUAGUUUUCGAUUGCAGUAUUUUUUCUAAGUAGAGUCAUA